UUCGCCGACGCCGUGCAGCGGGCCCGCCAGAUCGCAGCCAAAAUUGGAGGCGACGCUGCUACAACAGUGAACAACAGCACUCCUGAUUUUGGUUUUGGGGGCCAAAAGAGGCAGUUAGAAGACGGAGACCAACCGGAGAGCAAGAAACUGGCUUCCCAGGGAGACUCCAUCAGUUCUCAACUUGGACCCAUCCAUCCUCCCCCCAGGACUUCAAUGACGGAAGAGUACAGGGUCCCAGACGGCAUGGUGGGACUAAUCAUUGGCAGAGGUGGUGAACAGAUUAACAAAAUCCAGCAGGACUCAGGCUGCAAAGUCCAGAUCUCGCCAGACAGCGGUGGCCUCCCCGAGCGCAGCGUGUCCUUGACAGGAGCCCCAGAAUCUGUCCAGAAAGCAAAGAUGAUGCUGGAUGACAUUGUCUCUCGGGGUCGUGGGGGGCCCCCAGGACAGUUCCACGACAAUGCCAAUGGAGGCCAGAAUGGCACUGUGCAGGAGAUCAUGAUCCCCGCGGGGAAGGCUGGCCUGGUCAUCGGCAAAGGCGGGGAGACAAUUAAGCAGCUGCAGGAGCGAGCUGGAGUGAAGAUGAUUUUAAUUCAAGAUGGCUCCCAGAAUACGAACGUGGACAAGCCUCUCCGCAUCAUUGGGGAUCCUUACAAAGUGCAGCAAGCCUGUGAGAUGGUGAUGGACAUCCUCCGGGAGCGUGACCAGGGUGGCUUUGGGGACCGGAACGAGUAUGGAUCCCGGAUUGGCGGGGGCAUCGAUGUGCCAGUGCCUAGGCAUUCUGUCGGGGUGGUCAUUGGCCGGAGCGGAGAAAUGAUCAAGAAGAUCCAGAAUGACGCUGGUGUGCGGAUACAGUUUAAGCAAGAUGAUGGGACAGGUCCUGAGAAGAUAGCUCACAUAAUGGGGCCCCCAGAUCGGUGUGAGCAUGCAGCGCGGAUCAUCAAUGAUCUCCUCCAGAGCCUCAGGAGUGGUCCCCCGGGCCCACCAGGGGGUCCUGGCAUGCCCCCGGGGGGCCGGGGGCGAGGAAGGGGCCAAGGCAACUGGGGCCCUCCUGGCGGUGAGAUGACCUUCUCCAUCCCUACUCAUAAAUGUGGGCUGGUCAUCGGCCGAGGUGGUGAGAACGUGAAAGCCAUAAACCAGCAGACAGGCGCCUUUGUGGAGAUCUCCCGGCAGCUGCCGCCCAAUGGGGACCCAAACUUCAAGUUGUUCAUCAUCCGGGGCUCACCCCAGCAGAUAGACCACGCCAAGCAGCUCAUUGAGGAAAAGAUUGAGGGUCCCCUCUGCCCAGUUGGACCAGGCCCCGGAGGACCAGGCCCUGCAGGCCCCAUGGGGCCCUUUAACCCCGGGCCUUUCAAUCAGGGGCCACCUGGGGCUCCCCCGCAUGCGGGGGGCCCCCCUCCUCACCAGUACCCACCCCAGGGCUGGGGCAAUACCUACCCCCAGUGGCAACCACCUGCUCCUCAUGACCCAAAUAAAGCUGCAGCCGCUGCAGACCCCAACGCCGCCUGGGCCGCCUACUACUCACACUACUACCAGCAGCCCCCAGGCCCCGUGCCCGGCCCUGCACCGGCCCCCGCGGCCCCCCCUGCCCAGGGCGAGCCCCCACAGCCCCCACCCGCCGGCCAGUCAGACUACACUAAGGCCUGGGAAGAGUAUUACAAAAAGAUCGGCCAGCAGCCCCAGCAGCCCGGAGCGCCCCCACAGCAGGACUACACGAAGGCCUGGGAGGAGUACUACAAGAAGCAGGCUCAAGUGGCCACCGGAGGGGGUCCGGGAGCACCCCCAGGCUCCCAGCCAGACUACAGUGCCGCCUGGGCUGAAUAUUACAGACAGCAGGCCGCUUACUACGGACAGACUCCAGGUCCUGGCGGCCCCCAGCCUCCACCCACACAGCAGGGACAGCAGCAGGCAAGUGGGAAUUGCCACCCUCCUCCUCCUCCUUUUUCCUUCCAACCCCCGGCCACCGUCCAUCCUGCCUUAGUGGGUAGCGCCGGAAAUCCCUUCCCCUGCGGGGUGUGUCCUUGAUGCCUGCAGCGGGGGCCGUGUGGCCAGAGGUCUCCGGGAGUCCCCACGAGCUGGGGAAGUGUGCGCUGGGUCCAGAGGUUAAACGAAGAGGCCUCCCUGCGCCGGCCCGCUUGUUCCUGUGUCACGCUGUCUCGAUGCUGGGGGAGAGCGCGAAGCAAAUACAAGGUGGAACUGUUGAACUGGUGGGUAGUCCUGGGGGUGGGGGGCAGGCCAGCAGCACAGACCUUGGUCGCCAUCCUGGCUGCUAACUCACUCAUUCAAAAUCUGGCCACUUGGGAAGAAAACGGAUGUGUUUUCCCCUCUCUGCAUUACUUUUUUGGGUUUUGUUCUUUGCAUUCUUUUAUUUUUAACCCCACAAUCUUUUCCCCGUGUCCAAGUGACUGUGUGUUGCAGGCGGCCCCAGCGUGGGUCAGCCCUGGCUCUGGUGGGACUCGGGGAGCUUGCCACGGGGACCGGCCGCAGGGCCCCUCCCGCCCUGCCUGGGCUCCGCCGCCGCCUCCGCUCUCGCGCCUGCCUCUGUGUCCUGGUUUUGUCUGUGAAGUGGGCAUGACGAUCGCCGCCACCUUCCAACCUACCUCACAGGGGUGUUGUGGGGACACCGUGAUCUCUGAGAUUGUCAUGUUGUGAUGCGCCGGAGCACCUACCUUCCCGAAGACAGAGGGCACCCCUCCUCCCUCCCACACCCUGAGCGCGCUUCUCCCUCUCUCCCCGCUCUGCCUCUGCGGCCCCCGCUUCUCUCCUCCUGGUCUUCACGUCCCUCUUGCUCCCUCCUCCAUCAAGGAGCCAGUCUGACUUCAGCCAAGGGCCCUGGAGCAUAGACUAGACACUUACAAACACAUCGUUCCAGCCCAAGCUCGCCACAGGCGCAGGAGAGGGGCUUCCUGGCCCCCUCCUUGCCACCGUCCCCCCCAGUCUCCCGCCCCUCCCCCCUCCCCGUAGUGACCAAUUCCUAUCUCUUCCCUCUCCGCAGGCUCAAUGAAUCGAAUGAAUGUGAACUUCCUCAUCUGUGAAAAUCUUUUAUUAUUUUUUUUUCCAUUUUGUUCUGUUUGGGGGCUUUUUUUGGGGGGAGGGGGUUCUUUUUUUUUUUUUUUUUUUUUCCCCUCAUGUGUUUGGCGAGAGAGCGAUGGCUGCUGUGGGGGGUGCUGGGGAGCCCUUGCUGUGAGUGGCUUGGAGGUCACAGCCUGGGCAAUGCCGGGCUCUCACUCUCUCGUUCAUUCUGUGUGUCUCAUGCUUUUUUCUUUCAAAAUUGGGAUCCUUCAUGUUGAGCCAGCCAUAGAAGAUAGAAUUAAAUCUCUGCCAAAAAAAAAAAAAAUUUUAAAUAUAAAAAACACAAAAAGCAAACAAAACCUAUAAAAUUAUAUAUAUAUAUAUAAAAAUCUCUAUCUCUUCCUGAAACUGCCUCUUUCAGGGGAAGG